GCGUUUGCAGGCAAGGACAGCCCGUGUACUCCAUCCCUCCCGGUGGCUUUCGGCACCCCUACCCUGCCCUCGCCAUGAACGCCUCCAUGUCCAGUUUGAUGUCCAGCCGGUUCUCCCCGCACAUGGUCCCACCGCCCACCCACGGGCUGCACCCCUCGGGCAUCCCACACCCAACCAUCGUCUCGCCCAUCGUGAAGCAGGAGCCCAGCCAGCCCAGCGUCAGCCCGGGAGGCAACUCGAAAUCCCCCGUCACUGUGAAGAAGGAGGAGGAGAAGAAACCCCACAUCAAGCUCAACGCCUUCAUGUUGUACAUGAAGGAGAUGAGGGCCAAGGUGGUGGCUGAGUGCACGCUGAAGGAGAGUGCAGCCAUCAACCAGAUCCUGGGCAGACGG